UUCGGUCUUCUCCUUCCAUUUUUUCUGUCACGAACAAGUAACAACCCGUACCAUUUUCUCGACGUUAGUCCCACCUAUAUACUACUGGCAUGUUCAAAUUCAAACACCACAGCUUCCUUUUAUCUGCCCAUGAAAUCCAUCGCCUGUUCUCUGCUUCUCCUGCUAUAUCCCUGGUGGAUCCCAUUACCCAACAUCAAGCCCAUCUUCAAACCACCACAAAUAUCAAUACCCUUCAAUCAGAAACUUCAAUUCCUCAAUCUCCUCCCUCUUUGGAUUCAAAACACUACAUUUCUGAACUAUUCAAGUGUAGAAAUCUUAACCAAAUAACACAAGUUCAUGCCCAAGUGGCUGUCAAUGGAUUGUUGCUCCAUAACGUUACUCUUGCAAACAAGCUUCUUUACAUAUAUGUGCAGCAUAAAGCUGCAAUUGAUGCUCAUUCCUUGUUUGGUGUGAUGACAGAGAAAGACCCAGUUUCUUGGAGUGUAAUGGUUGGUGGGUUUGCCAGGGUUUGUGAUUAUUUGAAUUGUUUUGUGACAUUUAGAGAGUAUGUUAGAUCUGGGGAGUGCUUAGAUAACUAUACAUUGCCAUUGGUGAUAAGGGCCUGUAGAGAUACAAUGGAUAUAAACAUGGGUAGAUUGAUUCAUCAUGUUGUUCACAAAUUUGGGUUGCAUUCAGAUCCUUUUGUGGUGGCUGCGCUUGUCGACAUGUAUGCGAAAUGUGGGGCUAUUGACGAUGCAAAGCAAUUGUUUGAUAAAAUGCCGGAAAGAGACCUUGUGAGUUGGACUGUCAUGAUUGGUGCAUAUGCUGAGUGUGGGAAUGCUAACGAGUCAUUAGCAUUGUUUGAUAGGAUGAGAGAAGAAGAUGUUAUACCUGAUAAGGUCGCUAUGGUGACUGUUGUGAAUGCUUGUGCAAAAAUGGGAGCUAUGCACAAGGCUAGACUUGUGAAUGAGUAUAUAUGGAGGAGGAAUUUCUCCUUGGAUGUAAUCCUGGGUUCGGCGAUGAUAGACAUGUAUGCUAAGUGUGGGAACCUUGAUUCAGCUAGGGAGAUUUUUGACAAGAUGAGAGAGAAAAAUGUUAUAACAUGGAGUGCAAUGAUUGCGGCUUAUGGGUAUCAUGGGAAAGGCCGUGAAGCUCUUGAAUUGUUCCCUUCGAUGUUAACAAGUGGUGUAUUACCAAAUAGGAUUACUUUUGUUUCUUUGUUGUAUGCAUGUAGUCAUGCGGGUUUGGUCGAAGAGGGUCUCCGGAUUUUCAACUCGAUGUGGGAGGAUCACUUUGUGAGACGGGAUGUGAAACACUAUACGUGUAUGGUCGAUCUCUUGGGCCGUGCUGGGAGACUAAAUGAGGCCUUGAAUUUAGUUGAGGAUAUGAGUGUUGAAAAAGAUGAGGGGCUUUGGGGUGCGUUACUUGGGGCGUGCAGGAUUCAUAAUCGUAUAGAGCUAGCAGAAAAGGCUGCAAAAUCUCUACUUGAACUACAGUCCCAAAACCCAGGACACUAUGUAUUGCUUUCUAAUAUUUAUGCUAAAGCGGGUAGGUGGGAAGAUGUGGCCAAGAUUAGAGAACUAAUGACUCAUAGAAGGUUGAAAAAAAAUCCCGGUUGGACUUGGAUUGAGGUGGAUAACAAGAUCCAUAGGUUUAGCGUUGGAGAUCAUACUCAUGGCUGGUCGAAAGAGAUAUAUAAGAUGCUUGAAAUGUUGAUUGAAAAGUUGGAGUUGGCUGGUUAUGUCCCUGAUACAAAUUUUGUUUUGCAUGAUGUGGAUGAGGAACUUAAGCAAGGAAUGUUGUAUAGUCAUAGUGAGAAGUUGGCAAUUGCAUUUGGGCUUAUAAGCACUCCUGAGGGAACCCCUCUUAGAAUUACAAAGAAUCUUAGGGUUUGCGGGGAUUGUCAUACGUUUAUUAAAUUCGUCUCUGCAAUUGCAAAGAGGUUGAUUAUAGUGCGAGAUGCAAAUCGGUUUCACCAUUUCGAGGAAGGUGCUUGCUCUUGUGGGGACUACUGGUGAUUGGUUUAUUUCUCCCCCCCCCCCCAGGAGGUUGCAUGGAUGUUGGAAGUUGAACCACUUCAUCCUUAGUUUCUUCACUGCGAGGAUGCACCGGUUCUAGACAAUACCGCAUACCGCCU